AAAAGCUCCAGCGGGAAGAAAGCAAAAUGGCGACAGUGACACAUUCUGAUUCGUAUUAUUUGUCCUUACUGGGCCUUGCAGAGAACUUUAUGACAUCUAAUCCUCCCAACAUAAAGCUAUGUAUUCACUGUCUGCAAACCAUCUUCAAUUUCAAGCCUCCCCCACGAAUUGAGGCCAGAACACACCUACAAUUGGGAGGCAUUCUCUUCACACACACCAAAAAUAUUGACUUGUCCAGGACUCAUUUGGAGAAAGCGUGGAAUCUUUCCCACACAACGCCAUCCCUGGAUGAAGUCAAAUUCGAGGCUGCGAGUUUGCUGGCACAGAUAUUUGAAAAGACGGGCCAAGUAAACCAAGUCAAGGCUAUAUUGAGAAAGGCCAUUGGGACCUCCCAGAACUCGCCCUAUUGGCAUUGCCGACUCCUGCUGCAGCUGGCACAAAUCUUUACGCUGGAGCGGGAUUGUGUGUCAGCAUGUGACCUGCUUGGCAUGGGAUCUGAAUUUGCACGGGUGAAAAGGGCAGAGCACACCAGGGUGCUGUUCUUACUUGGAAAGGGGAUGUUGCUUCUCAUUGACAAGAAACUGCCUGAAGUUCACCAAGUCUUGUCGUUGGCCGGAUCGUUAAUCGAGAACUGGACUGGUCACCAGGGUUGGAAGGAAUCUCUAAAAGUGUAUUUCUUGGUGCUACAAGUUUGCCACUUCCUGAUGGCUGGGCAGGUGAAGAGUGUGAAGCCCUCACUGAAGCAGCUACAGCAGAGUAUUCAAGCAAUCACUUCACUGCAUUCAGAUGACGGGGAAUACUCCAUCUGUGCUGAUCGAGAUGAUGAGCCGGUCAACGCUGCACAAGCUGAUCUCUUUCAGUGGCUGCCUAAAGAACAUAUGUGUGUCUUAGUCUAUCUGGUAACAGUGAUGCAUUCCAUGCAAGCUGGCUACAUGGACAAGGCACAGAAAUACACAGACAAGGCACUUAUGCAAAUUGAAAAACUGAAAAUGUUGGACUCCAGUCCGUUACUCUCAACUUUCCAACUGAUCUUAUUAGAACACAUCAUUAUGUGCCGACUCAUCAUGGGAAAUAAAACUUCUGCCAUUCAAGAGAUUUGUCAAGCCUGCCAUUUAUGUCAACAGAGUCCAGUACUUCUACAAACCCAUGGUGCACAGUUGCAUACUCUUCUUGGUCUCUACGCAAUGUCAAUGAACUGCAUGGAUGCAGCAGAAGCUCAGUUUACAUCAGCCAUACGAUUAUCCCGAGAACCAGACUUAUGGACAUUUGUAAACCUCAAUUUAGCAAUAGUAUAUUUAAGAACCAGUCGACAGGCAGAUCUUGUACAGCUGUUAGAGAGGAUCGACCCAGAAAGGUUACACACUAGUUCAUACACUCUGAAAGCAUCAGCUUAUUAUGUGCGAGGAUUACAGUCCUUCUUUCAAGCCAGAUACAAUGAAGCAAAGCGUUACCUCAGGGAAACAUUAAAGAUGGCCAACGCAGAAGAUCUUAACCGGUUAACCUCGUGUUCAUUGGUCUUACUGGGACACAUAUUCCUAUCGUUAGGGAACAGCACUGAAGCCAUGAACAUGGUAACGCCAUCUAUGCAGUUGGCCAGUAAAAUACCCGAUGUUCACAUUCAACUCUGGGCGUCAGCUUUGCUAAAAGAUCUGUACCGGAUAUGCGGUGAUCCUGUCCAGGCAAAUGAAGGCCUCAGGAUGCACGACAGCUUCUCUCAGUCUCUACUGAAGGACCAUUUCCAAGCCUCACAACAAUCGGAGCACAAUCUCAUACAGUGGACAGAAGGUCAGUGUCCUCUCCAUCUCACCGCUCCAUCAGUCACAAGUGGUAUUUUAUAGCAUAAGAUAAAGACUCAAUGUACAUAGCCAUAAAGUAUCAGCUAUAAGUUAUGUAGAGGUGGUCUAUCAUGGACUGACAGAUAGGAGGAUCAUAUUGCUCUCAUGGUUCAGUUGGAAGAAAAGGAGAGGCUGGAAUGUAGAGGCCUACACCGUGAGUCAUGGUGUGUCUCGUAAAAUGAACAAUUUCAAACUUUCAAAACCAGUUUGUCUAUUGCAGCCUGAUCAAUUUCAGAAUAUUUUUACCAAAUGUUGCUGCAGCCGUUGCAAAUUUCGAAUCAUGAAUCAAUUUGGAAGGUAAUCCAUACGUGUUGCUGUCUGGCUUGUUUACUUCAUUUGGUCAUUCUAGACCCCGAGACCAGGGGUUGGGAGGGGGGGAUUGGAAGAUUCUUGAAUUGAGGAAUGAAUUUCAAGGUAGACGCAUGGAAUGUUAUCAGAUUUGUGUUCUUUAAGGUGUCUUAUAAUGUGUGAUGUGGAGAACGAUAACAUUUUGAAGUGCACUGAAUCAUGUUAUAAUGAUAAAAGUCAAAUAUUGAGACUAUUACAUGUAUCUCUUUAGUGAUGUUUUCUCUAUUGAAUCUGAAUGGUCUUGAAGGAUUUCAUAAGUGUUGUAUAUAUUAAGAGAGAUACUCUUGGCACUGGUAAUUUUUAUACGAGAUGUUUAUUGUUGUACAGUGAAGAAUGUCUAGCUUUUCUGCCAUAUUUAUUUCACCAUUUAUAUAUUUAUAAAUUAUUGACUAGAGCAGUCAGAGGAUAGAUUGAUGAAGCCCCAUGUAGAUGUGUAAGUUGUGUGGGGAAAAUGUAUGGUUAUGUUGUCAGCGUAUUGUGUUGAAAUUAGAAAGUGACAGUAUGCAGGUAUGGCAGGAGGUAAACUCCUGCUGUACUGAUGGAUAUGUGCAUUAGAGAUUACGGUCAGAUGUGGAAUAAUCCUCGAAUCUGUGCAUGUUUCAUGUAGAAGUUUGUUCAGUUACAUCUGCCUUGGAGAUGCAAAGAGAACUGUGUGCAAUAUUUGGAAAUCUAGAAAACAAGCUCCACUUGGUUUAAGUUGAUUAUUUUAACUUCCAUAACUCAUCUUGCAAACAUCACUGCUGUCACCACAUGCUGAGAAAAAAAUUAAUUUCCCUCACACUUUUGAGCAGAAUUCCUUUCAACUGUUCUCGUUUCACACAGAGGACAUGCAGGAAACUAUCUUGAGUGGAUCUUGAUAGCUGAAUGUACAUUUCAUCUUGUAAAAGUCUAUUUUCUGGAGAUUUCGCAACUUGUUUGUCUUGUUAGGUUAAUGUCUACUGAAGUAAUACAUUGUUUGUUUGACCUGUAGGUAUCUUAUUUAAAAGCAUAUCAGUUGUUUACUGGAGAACAACAACAGUCAUUUUAAACUACAUGAAUGAUCAACUUCAGCGUUAUAACUGGUCUAUUGUCCUUUUGCAAAUGUUGUUAUCUGCAUCAUAAGAUGGAUGUACCUUUCUGUCAUUCAAAACCAGACUUGUUGAAUCACAUAUUAGCCAUCAUGUUGAAAAUCACCGUUGAAAUGUUGCAUGUCUCGGGCUGUAUAUGUUUUUUUGUUGCUGUCUCCAUUGUUGGACUUGUCUCCCUUGCUGAAAGUAUCAAAAAGACCAGUUGUGCAUCCCAAACAUCUCACUUUACAACCACGUGUUGAUAAACUAGACUAUUGUUUAUACCUCCACACAUUGUAACUUAAUGUAUGUAAUUUAAGUUUUUAGUGAUAAAAGCAAUUUCAUAAGGA